AUGCAUGAAGUGCCCUAUGGGGUUGCGAGACAACACAAAUUAGGAAAUGAUGACGGUUAUCAUAUUGCUCAAAGCAACUAUAUGUACGAUUUUCCAAUAACUGGUGAAGAUUGUGAUUGCUUUAAUGAACGUGGUAAUACACACGUCGGGUUGCGGUGUCACCCUCAUCGUCACAAUAUGGACUACGCUCUUCCCAUGAACAAAUCGUCAGGAAGAUCUUCCAAGGUGUACUACCACAGUGAAACGAAGAAACUACGGCAAUGUAAUGCUGUCCCAGUUCUCAAAACUGAACCGCUAUAUCCUGCACGCAUGCCAUUGGUGGCUGGAAGUCCGAUUAUAUCAACCCCGUCCCUCCCUCAACGUGGUGCGGCUGACUCCGUGGAUAGCUCCUUGUUGAGCAGUAACAGUUCUCUUGGAUCAUAUCCUGCGGAUCAUUUCCCAUACUCGCCUGAUGAUUGCUUAACUGUGCUGUCAACUGGAAGCCCAUUAGAGGGCUCACCCAUUUUCUCUUUACCCCCAGCAGCCUAUGCAGAUACAGAUGACGAGUCUUACAUUAGUGCAGGACAUGUUUUAUCAUAUUCGCAAAACAGCGAUGGUGCUGUCAGUGAUUUUUUCUCACAAAGUGAAAACGGCUCCACCACAAAUUCGUCGGAUGAAGAUUCUUUAUUGCCGACUGUUGUUACAAAUUGCAACCAGCACGAUGAUAUUGGUAACCUUUCGUUAUCAAGUGAAGUGUCUACUACAUGUGACAAUGGAACGGCACUUCAUCUACAGCUUUGUGAUGCCAGUCGUGAUGAUUCUCCCCGACGGAUUAGUUCCGUGGUGGCGUCAAGUGCUUCAAGCUUGUCUAGCCCUGUAGCUAAACGUGGUCGUUUCGGUUCUUGUUGUGCCGAAAAAAUUCCCGAUAACGGGGCGUUUGCAGAGGAAACUCCAUUGUUUGAUGAAGAGAGGUAUCAGAAUGAGUAUGCGAGAGAUACAUACGCAUGGUUAAGCUAUCGAGAGUCGACUACGCAUACCUUAGGUUCGUUAUUUAUGGAUGCCCAGAAGAAGGAAGGCGCAUCAUGGGCAGAUCGUCGGGCCGUUGUUAUGAGAGCGCUCGUGGACAUGAAAAAGAGGAAGCACACUCUGGAGGCAAUUCAUCUUGGUAUUUACAUACUCGACAAAUGCCUGGAUUCUUUUCAUAUUGCGAAAAAUUCUCUGGUCGAUGUUUGUGCAGUUUCGAUGGUUCUUGGAACGAAAAUGGAGGAAUACGAAUCGCUCCGACCAGGUACCGUGGGUACACUGCUUGGUACCACUGCAAGCAAGGCGCGUUUGUGUGAUAUUGAAAAGCGUAUUGUUUACGAGAUGAAGGAUGGAUUAUGUUUUCCUACUCCUUUCCUCUUUGCUCAUUAUAUGCUGGCUGAGUUGUGUUGCGAUGAUGAACAAAUUCGUUUUGCGCAGUAUUUGUUAGAACUGGCUUUGUUGGACUCGCAGUUCCGUGAUGAAGGAGGGCCAAGAGUAGCUCACGCAGCCGUGUGCAUGGCUUCCGCUAUAGCGAAGCAACGCGAUUCUAUUUUCGUAUCUGAGGGCGAUAGAUUAUUGGAAGCGGAACGAAAACUUUUUCAUCUAACGAAGCUGCCAAUAGGGAGCACCCGAAACGUUAUGCGUAAUUUGGUGCAUGAGAUGGAUCGGAUGGAUGAUACUCGUAUUGUUAACGCACACGGGGAUGAGCUUCAUGUGACCAAGAAAGGUAGCAUUCAAAUCUCAGCAGCUAGACCCUCGGAGUCGGAUGCAGAAAGCGAUGACUCGAUACCUUCUUUACAAAAAAUUAAAUUUGAUGAUCAUAUCGUCUCAAUUACUGAUCCUGAACCCAAAGAUAAACGUAAAAAAGGGAAAAAAGAAAAGAAAGAAAGUAAAGCGAAAGGAGGUUAG